GUGAAUGAAAAGACAGGCCGACGGAGAAAGCGACCUCUUUAUUUUCCCCCGAAUCUUUUAUUGCCGUAUUAUGUAGUUUCUGGAGCUACUGUCUCAGAAGAGAGGCUUGAGAUGGCGGCCAAUAUGUACAGGGUCGGAGAUUAUGUCUAUUUUGAGACAUCAUCUUCACAACCGUACCUCAUCAGGCGUAUUGAGGAACUAAACAAGACUGCAAGCGGCAAUGUUGAGGCCAAGGUGGUUUGUUUCUACAGGAGGAGGGAUAUCCCAAGCUCACUCAUCCAGCUUGCAGAUAAACAUGCAUUGGCUCUUGAAGAUGAGCAAGAAGAAACUUUAGAAGAAUUAUCGGAGAAGCAACGGCAUCAGCUGAAGCAUCGAGAGUUAUUUCUCUCCCGCCAAUUAGAGACACUCCCAGCUACACACAUCCGUGGGAAGUGUACUGUGACAUUACUGAAUGAGACUGAAAGUUUACUGUCGUAUCUCUCCAAAGAGGAUGCAUUUUUCUACUCCUUGGUGUACGAUCCACAACAGAAGACCCUCCUUGCUGAUAAAGGAGAGAUCAGAGUGGGACCUCGAUAUCAAGCAGAGGCACCAGCCAAACUCGCUGAAGGUGAAGAAUAUGAACGAGAUUUAGCCAAACUGGAAACUAAAGUAUGGAGUUCGGAUCAUGAACUACAAGAUCGUCAAAUCGAUCAGUUUCUUAUACUAGCAAGGUCAGUGGGUACAUUUGGCCGAGCUCUUGACUGUAGCAGCUCAGUACGUCAACCCAGUCUUCAUAUGAGUGCUGCUGCAGCCUCUAGAGAUAUAACACUGUUCCAUGCGAUGGACAUGCUGCAUUACCAGGGUUAUGACAUUACUAAGGCUGUAUCAGCCCUAGUACCAGCAGGAGGACCCGUUAUAUGCCAUGAUCAACUAGAGGAGUGGUCUGCCUCUGAAGCCAACCUCUUUGAAGAAGCGCUGGAGAAAUACGGGAAAGACUUCAAUGACAUCAGACAAGAUUUUCUUCCAUGGAAAACUUUAAAGAGCAUUGUAGAGUAUUAUUACAUGUGGAAGACAACGGAUCGCUACGUCCAACAGAAACGUCUCAAGGCUGCUGAGGCUGAGAGCAAACUCAAACAAGUCUACAUACCCAACUAUAACAAGCCAAACCCCAAUCAGAUUCCAAGCAAGCCAAGCGUCAACUUGCCAGGCCAGAUUGGUGCCCCCGGAACACCAGGUGUACCACCAGCAAUCUCACCUGGCAGUAGGGCAUGUGAAAGCUGCUACGCGAGCUCUUCCUACCAGUGGUAUUCUUGGGGACCAGCCAACAUGCAGUGUAGACUCUGUGCUACCUGCUGGAUCUACUGGAAGAAGUGUGGUGGCCUCAAGAUGCCAACCAGACUCGAUGGAGAUCGUCCUGGCCCAUUGCGCAACCGUCCAGAGCGCCCUCAGGGUAUGACUUUUGGCCUUCACCGUCCAUUCCGCUGCACCAUCAGUGGGUGUGGCAAGGAGUUCAAGCUAAAGGCACACUUAGCCCGCCACUGCCAGACAGUCCAUGGGUUGACCAUCCGUACCAGCAACCCUCGGGCCUUAGGAUUGAAGACUCGCCAGGCCUUCUACCUGUUCACCACCCCGCUAACCAGGCUCUCCCGUAGUGUCUGCCCAACGGUCCUCAACAUUCGCCAUGCUUCUAGGAAUCCGUUUGAUCCAAUCAACAUAGCGGCCAUCAAGCAGGCCUGUCAAAUGUUUCUUCCAGAGGGUGAGGGUAAGGUGAAGAAGUUCAGGAAGCGUAAUUGGCCCAAGGUGGACGUUGUGGUGACCAAGCUCCAAGGAAUGAUGGAAGCUGCCAAGAAGAGUGGAAGAGACUUGUACGAGGGGCGUGGACUGAGUACCAUGGGGUCGGCCAGCCAGCAGGCUAUAUGGGCCAAGGGCAAUCGCUCUGAUUUCAAGGAUGCUUCCACAAUCAGUACCAUCUCACCAACCAUGAUGAGAAAGAGGGGAUACGAGCACAGCUCUUCUUCAGAUGCACCAGCCAACAAGAGAAUGCAACUUGCUCCUCAGCGCCAUGUUCCAAAGAAAGGUGAACAUUUAGAAGACGGCGGUAGUGGAGACGCUAGUGCACAGGAUAUGGAGAGCAGAGAGCCGGAAAGCGGAGAAAUAAAUGAAAGUGACGAAGAAAAAUGUGCUCCUGGGGGAGGCAGGUUUGACCAUCUAACUGAAGCAGAACUUUCAACAUUGGAAGAAGAAAAGUACGAAAAGGGAACGUCAUACGUAACUGGGUGGGGUGUGAGAAUCCUACAAGAUUGGUGUAAGAGUGUGGGUGAAAAUCCAAGCUUUGAGAAUUUGGAAGUACAUGACUUGGCGUCACUCUUGCGACGAUUAUAUGGGGGGACAAAAAAACAAGAUGGCACAGCCUAUUCUUAUCAGUCUCUGAGGGGUUUGAGGGCAUCUAUCCAUCGUCACCUCACAAGCCCUCCGUUCAGUCGCGCUAUCAACAUACUGCAAGAUAAAGAGUUUAUGUCAGCCAACAAUGUCCUUCGGGCAAUGAUGAAACGUAUCAAGAGAGAAGGCAAGGAUAAAAGUCACCAUAAAACUUCCAUCAGAGCCGAAGACAUAAAAAAGAUGUUUUCAAGUGGCACACUCUCCACCUCCAACCCAACAAGUCUUCUGAGAUUGGUGUGGUUCCACACAUCUUUAUUCUUCUGUAGGCGAGGCAGAGAAGGCUUAACUUCUCUGAAGCGAGAUUCAUUCGCCAUAAAGAAAGAUGCUGCAGGCAAAGAGUAUGCCACUAUGGUGUUCAACGAAGCUACCAAAAAUCACCCUGGCAACUUACAGCAUGAUUUUGACGGGGAGAAGCGAAUGUAUGCAAAGCCUGAAAGUAAUGUUUGCCCUGUUGCAGUUCUGAAGCUGUACAUGAGUAAACUGAAUCCAAAACAAGAAGCCUUUUUCCAGCAUCCCUACUCAUCAACUGAUGGGGAAACACAUGCUUGGUACUGCAACGCACCAGUUGGCAAAAACAAGAUCGGGGCAAUGAUGAAACAAAUAUCCAAAGAUGCAGUCCUGAGCCAAAUCUACACAAACCAUUGUGUGCGAGCUACAACUAUAACUGUACUCAACGAGGCUGGUUGUGAUAGUCGUACUAUCAUGGGGCUUUCCGGUCACAGAAAUGAAUCAUCCAUCAAACAUUACUGUCGUGAUCCUUCUGAGAAGCAUAAGGUAGAUAUGUCAGCAGUUCUGCACAAUGUCAUCGACCCGGACAGCAUCGCUACCACCAGCAGUCAGCACAGGCCCUCACUCACUGUUGCUAAGCAGCAUGUCCCCGCAACCAACUCCACAGUGUCGAUGCUGCCAGUGUAUGUACUCGUCAACAAGUCUAAAGACAUGGCCGUCAAGAUCAAACAAACCACACAAACAAACCAGUCACAAUCCAUCUUUACAGCUUCAUCUUUGCCAUCAGAAUAAAUUUGUCAAUUUCAAUUUCCCAGCAACACAGCCGUAUUUCCUUGCCUUGUAUUUCCAUUUUUUUCCAUAUAAAUCAGCUUGUUUUAAAGGAAUGUUACAGAAUUGGUAAGAAACAAAAUUGUGA